CUCCCCCCCGCCACCCCAACCCUCCUGCCUCAGUCCUCCCGAGGCAGCGGCCCUGCUCGCGCAUCUGUCACAGUCUCACAGUUAUGUGUCUUCUAAAUCGGAGUAGUGUUCCUAUUUUUGUUUCUUGGAUUCUGCAGGAAUUAAAGGGGAGGCGUUUACUGUCUCACUCAGCAAUGGCUCGGAGAGAGUCUAUUAACUCUGACCUUGGUGGCUUACUGUUGUCAAGACAAGUACUUCAACCGUGUGCUAAAUAUUGCCGUAGGAGGGCGGAAGCGAUGGCAGGACCAAGACCGGUGGUAAUUAGUGGACCCUCUGGUGCAGGCAAGAGCACUCUCCUGAAGCUACUUCUCAAGGAGUAUGAACGAGUUUUUGGAUUCAGUGUCUCACAUACAACAAGAAAUCCAAGGUCGGGUGAAGAAAAUGGCAUAGAUUACCAUUUUGUAUCGAGGGAAGAAAUGCUUCGUGGUAUUGAAGCUGGAGAAUUCAUAGAGAGUGCAGAGUUCUCGGGUAACCUGUAUGGAACAAGUAAAGCAGCAGUGCAGGCCGUACAAGCCAAGAACCAAAUCUGCAUUCUUGACGUAGAUAUGCAAGGUGUGAAGAACAUCAAGAAGACAGACUUGUCCCCAAUCUACCUUUCCGUUCAGCCGCCUUCAUUUGAAGUUUUGGAAGAACGGCUGAGGCAAAGGAAAACAGAAUCUGCAGAAAGUCUACAAAAGAGACUACUAGCAGCAAAAUUAGACAUGGAAUUCAGUAAACAGCCUGGUGUGUUUAAUUUUGUAAUAAUUAAUGAUCAUUUAGAGGAUGCCUAUUCCCAGUUGAGAACAGUUCUUCUUGAGGAAAUCGAAAAGGCAAUAACCUUACAGAACUGAAGUGGUUCCAAGCUCCAUUCCAUUUGUUUCGAAAGUUCUAUUCCAGCAAAUUAAGGAUUGAAGGAUGAAAAUGCCUCUUUACAAGCUUUUAUAAAGUUAUUUAUGUUUGGUGUAUUUUUGUUAAGCAAAAAUAAUUAAUUUCCAGUUUGUAUAUUUUUUAUUAGGAAAUGCUUCUUGCUAGACAAGACACUUGCUACUUAAUAGAAUAAUUAGCCCUAUCUAAAUGCAGAAAUUAUUCAUACAACUUUUUGGGUGUUUAAUCAUCUGUUGGAAUUUGUUAUCAAUGACAUACACUCCAUUGUAUCUUGGGACACUCUAUAAUGGGGAAAAUGAUCCUGAUUGGACCAAAUGCAGAAGAUAUUGGACUUAACAUUUGAACCCACAUAAUUUACUCUUGUCUAUAUGAAGUGCUGAAAUAGAAGAACUACUUAUCUAUCAUGUGAUUGUCUGAAUUUCAUGUAUUACUUGUGGUAGAAUUCAAUGUAAUGUUGGUCUGGUUACUUAUGUACACACGACCUUUUCAGGGGUAUAAAGAAAUUCAGGGAGGGGAAAAAUAUUGUUAAUUCAUUGUGUGAGACAGAUGAAGUCUUCAUUUGCCUGGAUGAGAGCAGCUUCAAAACACACAAGAAGCUUGAAACCAUACAGGACAUUGCACAUCUACAACCAUGCACCACUCCACAAUAUUUGCAGUUUGUACCAUUUAUAGGAUGCACUGAACCACUAGUCAAGAUAACACAUCCACAACCAUCUGCAAGUUACCCUCUAUAUAUACCAUGGACCACUUGCUUAAUGGUAUUGGCCCAGGGUGUAUAAAGUUUUGGGGACCCCUAGUCUAGGUCAUUCAGAUUUAGAAAUGUAUCACAAUUCUUUCACUAUCACACAGAGCUCUUGGUUAUCACUAACAACCACUGUAGUGGUUGAAGAAGGUAGUUCACUGCUAACUUCUCAAGAGCAACUAGGAAUGAGUAAUUAAAUGGUGGUUCAGCCUGUGGAACUGACAUCUGUUAAUAUAUUAACAAUAUCAAACUGGUAUUGUCCUCUCAUAUGAGGUUAACUUUUCUGGAAGAACAGAAGAGCAAAAAAUUGUUCAAGGAAAGAGAUUGGGGACUGUAUUGUGGAAGAAUCUGUGUUCUCAUGCAUAAAAGAAUGAAUUACUGGCAAAAAGUGUACAUAACUAAUGCUAGAAAUCUGAAAUAAACAAUGCUUAAAAACUC